AUGAAGCAAGAAACAGUUGUGCUCAUUGUUGGAGCUGGCCCUGCUGGCAUAGCUACUUCUGCUUGUCUAAAUCUCAAAAAUGUACCAAAUAUAGUUUUAGAAAGAGAUGAUUCUUUUGCUUCUUCAUGGAGAAAGUCUUAUGAUAGGUUGAAACUUCAUUUAGCAAGUCAAUUUUGUGAACUUCCUUACAUGUCAUUUCCUCCAAAUUCACCUACUUUUAUGUCCAAAAAUAGUUUUCUUGAAUACUUAGGUAGUUAUGUUUCCCAUUUCAAUGUUAAUCCUUUGUAUAAGCGUGCCGUUGAGUUUGCAUUUUUCGAUAAAGUUGAUUGUAAAUGGCAUGUCAAGGCGAUGAACAUUGAAAAAAAUGUUGUUGAGAAUUAUGUUGCUAGGUAUCUUGUUGUUGCAACUGGUGAAAAUAGUGAAGGUUUUGUUCCCAAAAUAGAAGGAUUGGAUGGUUUUGGCGGAAAAAUCAUGCAUUCUUGUGAGUAUAGAAAUGGCAAGAGUUUUGAGGAUAAAGAUGUUUUAGUAGUUGGUUGUGGAAAUUCAGGUAUGGAAAUUGCCUAUGAUUUGUCUAAUUGGGGUGCUCGGACCUCCAUCGUUGUUCGUAGCGCUGUACACGUUCUCACGAAGGAAAUGGUCCAAAUGGGGAUGUUUCUAUUGAAAUACAUUCCUUGUAGUAUAGUUGACCAAAUGGUGAUGAUGUUAAGCAAAUUAACACAUGGAGAUCUAUCAGUAUUUGGGUUAGAUAGACCUAACAAUGGUCCCUUUUAUCUUAAGAAAACUACCGGUAGAUCCCCAGUUAUUGAUGUUGGAACAGUGGAUAAAAUCAAACAAGAAGAAAUCAAGAUUUUACCUUCGAUCAAGAAAAUCAAAGGAAAUUAUGUUAAAUUUACUGAUGAUAAGAGACAACGGUUUGAUGCCUUGGUUUUUGCUACAGGGUACAAAAGCACAGUUACAAAAUGGCUCAAGGAUGAUGGUGUGCUAUUCAAUGAAAGCGGAAAGCCAAAAAAAAGAAGUCCUUGUCACUGGAAAGCAGAGAAGGGUAUUUAUUGUGUAGGAUUUGCAGGUGCUGGAUUAUUUGGAAUUUCAACCAAGAAUAUAGCUGAAGAUAUCAGGGGAGUAUUUCGAGAUAGUAAAGGCGAAUGGAUAGCAGGUUUUAGUGGUAAUGCCCAUGCUUCCUCUCCCCUUCAUACCGAGCUCGUGGCACUUUAUGAAAGACUUCAAAUGGCAAAUAGCAGGAAAUUCUUCCCUCUGGAGAUUGAAACAGAUAGUACAGAGGUAAUAGAAUGUUUAGCAAAUGGAAGAGACACUCACUCUGCUACUAUCUAUCGUUUUGUUAAUCUCCUUGUUGUGUUACUGGACAAUAUCAAUAGUACUACUGUCGUUAGGAAAGAAGUUGAUGCUAGGUACUGUAAUAUCUAG